ACUGGUGCCGGAUGCGUAGCUGAUAUGAAAUGUGUUCAUAAACUGAGUCUUUUAGGUGGUUGUCUUUUAUCACUCGGUGUAACUACAAUGACUGUUGCUGUUAUCCCAAUGUUUUGGACGCUCAGAACAUAUUCUGUUCUUUAUGGAAUGCUUUCAGGAGCUAUGUACACGGUUCAGCCAAUUGUAUUAUUGGAGUAUAUAGAUGAAAAGUAUAUGGCGACAAUGCAAGGGUUGACCAUGUGGGUGUACGGUAUUUCAGGAUUAAUUGGAAGUCCCGCCGCUGGUUGGUUGUUUGACGCUACCGGAAGUUAUACAUCAAGUUUCUUGGCAGCUGGCGGUUGUUUUGUACUAAGUGGUUGUAUCAACUUUCUAGUCUUGUGUACAAAACGUAGCAGAACAGCUAGAAAACUUAAGAAACUAAAAUCUGAUCCAUGAGAUGACCUAAGGAUUCUGAUAUUGAUUCAUGACAUUCUUUACAAAGGUUCAACGGACCAUUUUAGUACAAUACCAAUUGAUAUUUCAACUUCAAAUCUUGAGGACUAAGUUUAAAGUGUAUAAAGCUAUAUAUCUGAUACAAAAAUUAUUGUUUGA